AUGCGUGUUGCUUCGUACCGGGCAAGUUGGCUGCUUUAGCCAUGGGCGCUGAGUUGCGGCAGCUGCGGCUGCAACAGAAGCGGCGGUUGGUCCAGGAGCGGAUCCGGGAGUUCCCCGAUUUUCCCACGCCGGGGGUGCUUUUUCGAGAUAUCACCCCCCUCUUAAAGGACCCGGUUGCCUUUGCAGCUGCAAUUGACCUCCUGGAAGCUCACGUCAAGGCCUCACAUCCCCAGGUUGAGUACAUUGCAGGUCUUGAUUCCAGGGGAUUCCUUUUUGGACCAGCUUUGGCACAGAGAUUGGGAGUUGGAUUUGUGCUAAUACGGAAGAAGGGGAAGCUACCAGGUCCCACAGUGUCCGUUGCCUACACUCUGGAAUAUGGCCAGGCAGAGCUUGAAGUUCAAAGCGACGCAGUGAGCCCUGGUCAGAAUGUGCUCUUGAUUGACGACCUGCUUGCCACAGGAGGAACCAUGCAAGCUGCCUGUGAGCUGAUGAAGAAGCUGGGGGCUAAUAUCCUGGAGUGUGUGGUGCUUGUAGAGUUAAAGUCCCUUAAAGGGGAAGAAGCCAUCAAGCCAAACUCCGUCUACUCGCUGCUGCAGUAUGACUGAUGCCCAGGAGCAACCGCCUGCCUCAAGUCUUGUUUCAGUUGAGAUGGCCUUGCUGCCUUCCUCUACCAAACAAUUCCUGGCUUUGCACUGUUGCCUGCAAGCUUUCUUUCCUUUUCCCCCCUCUCCUUAAAGUGGCCCUUGCUCCCAUCAAGUUGGCGUUGUCAACCUGGACUUUGCUUUGUAAGUGAAGGGUUCAUUAUUAAGUGCCAUGGGAGAGCCUUUAUAUUAUUAUUAAAAGAACCAAAUGAAGCCUGGAUUUUUCUAUAAGGCUAUCUCCUUGUAGGCAGUCUUGGAGUUACCAGAUUGGGAAGGGGACUCACUUCCCAGAGUCAGCCUUUUCAAAACAGAAGUCACUUACACCGUUUAGAAAGCAAGAGGUUGUUAUUCCUCUGUGCUAAUGGAGGAGGGCAGCAAGGAGAGCCAGCCUGGUGUCCUCAAAACAUUUUGGACUACAGUUCCCAUCAGCCUCAGUGAGCAGACAUGAUGGAAGUUGUAGUCCUUGCAAAAGCUUGAACGCGCCCCCCCAGGGCAGGGAUGCCUAGGUUUGGCAUCGGCCUCGGUUGCUAAAUUCCACCUAAACCAUACCAGCAUAUUAUAGCCAUCCUCUUAGAACACUUUGGACGAGCUGCCCCCUGAGCAUUUCCCCCGGAAGCUAUGGCUUGGGGUUAUGCACAGGUCUUUCUUUUGGCACUGGAAUGGAAAAGUACUUCUGUGCUGUCCCAGAUUUGAAACGGCUUGU